AUGAGAGUACUCACUGCGGUUGUUGGUCUGUUUUUGUCGGUGAUCAGCGCAUCAGAGGCGAACAACCAACAUACAGGUUGCCCGUUUAGCCAAUUGGAUGCGUUGGAUUUUGAUACUUUGGGAUCACAGCAAGAAUCCGCUGGUCGAAAGAAGAGAAGUAGCGAUCCGUAUGACGUGCGGUCUACCGCGAGCGCGGAUCAUAACCUGGACGAUCUAUUAAAAAGCAUUUUGCCCAAGUAUAGCAUCAAUUCUGGACCCAGUAGUUGGAUGAACUUACGGGGAGAUGAAAAGCGAUCUCUUGAGCUAAUAAAGUGUGGCAUACCACCGCGGAACUGCUUAAAUGAUACACAAAAUUUGCAUUAUCGCAGCAUAGAUGGCGCAUGUAAUAAUUUGCUCUAUCCAGAGUUUGGUAUCGCUACAUCAAGGUACCGACGACUUCUGCGCCCCAUCUAUAUGGAGCAUGGACAAACAGUUCCGAACGCACGACUUGUUUCGCUCUCAUUGUUCGGCGAGGAUACUUUGAUGGACAAGUUUCGCACGGUGGCUGCUAUGCAGUGGGGUCAGUUCGUCGCACACGAUAUCAGCCAGAUGACUACAAAGGGAGCACCCAAAGACUGCUGCGCCGAGUCUCGUCAUCCACAGUGCCAACCCAUCACACUAGCAGCAGGUGGACCCAUCGCCUAUAAUACAGGGAAAUCAUGUCUCAGCUUUGCCCGUAGUGUAUCCGACGCGGAGGCUAUUUGCCCAAAGAGUGGCCUUUCUUAUAGCGAGAAGCUGUCUGUGGUUACAGCCUUUUUGGAUCUGUCAUCACUUUAUGGCAAUUCGCAAGCACAGAGUCGACGAGUUCGUCUUUUCAAAGGUGGCCAGCUCAUUACGAGUUACAUCAACAACCAACAGUGGUUGCCUGUGAGUCAGAAUCAUGAAGGUGAAUGCGGCACUAAUAGUGAGUGCUAUAGCAUGCCGGAUAAACGCAAUCGUUUCACGCCUACUAUUGCCGUGCUUCAUACGGUUCUUCUGCGUGAGCACAACCGGUUGGCGGAGCAGCUGGCUAUAUUAAACCCUCAUUUCAACGACGAGCGUUUAUACCAGGAGGCCCGCAAAAUCAAUAUUGCACAGUAUCAGAAGAUCACCUACUAUGAUUAUCUGGUAGCUGUUUUGGGAAGCACUUACACGCAUUUAAAUGGACUUACUUACCCCUACUCGGACGAUUCAACCGAAUUUGUGAACGACUAUGAUGAGGGUGUUAAUCCCAAUGCCUACGCAGAGUUUGCAUCAGCCGCUUUUCGCUAUUCGCACACCCAGGUUCCCGGAUGGUUUUCAAUGGUUGCGCCUAACCGGUACGCGAAUCAGACGUUCCGACUCAGCGACUUUUUUGAGCGUACUGAGACCAUUCAGCUAUUGUCCUCCAAUUUUAACCUAGCUGAUCUGGUCCGUGGAAUGGCCACUCAACUGCAAAAGCGGGCCGACAGUAAUAUCGAUCGCGAGAUCAAACACUACUUCAAUCGGAAAGAUUUUCAGGAAUACGGUUCCGAUCUAAAGGCGUUGGAUAUCCAACGUGCGCGCGACUUCGGACUCGCUUCCUACAAUGAUGUUCGUGAGUUCUGCGGUUUGCGGCGAGCCAGCGAAUGGUCAGAAUUCGCUACCGAAAUAUCUAAUGAGAAAAUUAAAUUACUGCGUAAGCUGUACGCCUCUCCAGAUGAUGUGGAGCUGAGUGUGGGAGGAACUCUUGAAUUUCAUGUCCCUGACUCAUUAUUUGGACCUACUUUGCUUUGCAUUGUGGGCAAGCAGUUCCUCAACACACGUCGAGGGGACCGCUUCUUUUUUGAACGAGAAAAUCAUCUAAGCGGAUUUUCACGCAACCAACUGGCAGAGAUACGCAAGGUUACUUUGGCCUCUUUGUUCUGCAACAAUGUUCAAAGCUUACAUUAUAUCCAGCCGAAUGUGUUUAUUUUUCCUAAUACUCGCAAUGUUCUACUGAACUGCAACGACAUACCUCAACUUGACCUUAGCAAAUGGCAAGACCUUAGCCCUCAACUGGCUAUCUAA